CCACUCCUUCCCUCUUCUCGGAAGCUCUCCCCACCUUCUUUACUGCCCCGUUGGCUGCCCCGUUUUGCGCUGGAUGCUUGAUAAGUGGCCUUGGUGAAAACGCUGUGCAACGAUGGUCGGCGCGCAGCUGCUCGUCCUGCUGGGGGCAUGGCUCGGGGUGACGACGGAAAGCGAGGCGUCGUCUGCUCGCGAUCCUUCGCUGUUUCUGCGCCGCUACUUGCACGAUCCGCUACAGGUAGAGCCAUUCAACGCGACGGCAUCUGCGCUUCGCUGCCGCUUUUGGGAUGCUUCGGUGCGCGGACUUUCCAACACUCAGUUACGGCACGUGGAGGCCAACCUAACUGCGGCAACACUUACGGCACAGGCCAUCGUUCCUGUACUGCAAAUAAAUGGGCAGUACAGCAUCCAGGGGAGCAUGAUGUUCAUCCCUGUUCAAGGGAACGGCCCGUUCAACAUCAACGCCACAGGGCUGACGGCAAAUGCCUACGCCCAACUUGAGCACGACAGCAGGACUGGCCGUCCUUCGGUACGCACAAUAACCGUCCGUAUGGAAGUGGAUGACCUACAGCUUCACCUGCAUGACUUUCUCGGUGGUGGGCGUUGGGCAAGCUUCGGGAACGCCUUGCUGAAUCAAGUGGCUGGUUCUGCCUUCAAACAAAUUCAACGAUCCCUUGCCAGUGAACUCGAAAGUGGUCUACGGCAGCGUCUCAAUCAAGAGCUCGCCUCCUUACCGCCUCUUGGAAAUUCCAACAGCAGCCUGCUCGUCGACGCCAUCAUCCAGGGGGCAGCAGACGAGCUCCGGGCACACGACGGAGAUCCGCUGUCUCUGCCCGACAUGAGACUUAACUUCGACUGGGACUUUGUUCUUGGACGCCUUGCGGGAAUCCUAUCCCUGCAGCAGUGCAAGAUGCAGGGGCUCUCGUCGAUGAGGCGCACGGGAGACAUCCUCGCCCUCUAUCGCGAUGGCAGGUUUCUCGUAGAGGCUCAGAUCGGAUUCGAUAACAUCUCGGGCAACUGUGACUGGCGUGCGAGGGUUUUGGGAGCGGGUCCCGAUGGGACGACGUCGUUAAAUGUGAGAGACCUGCAACUGCGGCUAAGGCUUGGAUUGGGGCAACAGGGUCCCCUUCAACUAGAAGCCCUGGAGUUGGAGCGCGUAGGGCACAUGUGGUUGCAGCUGCACGGCUUGGGUGCUUGGGACUUCCUCGUGCAGUCGCUGACGAAUAUUGUUGCCAAUGCUUUCCGCUGGUCUAUAGCCGAAAGAGCAUUGUCGGCCAUUGCGGAUGAGCUACGGUCACAGCUUACGCAGGUUGCCAUACCCUGGGAGUAGUGGAGUAGCCAAAGCACUCUACCAUUUUUAUCAUAAAUGCCAAAGCAGUUUAUCUUUUUUAUAUCUUCCCUUUAUCGAGGGCCCCUCCACAGAGCCAAUGUGCUUCGGUCCUAGCACCUCUUUGGAACAGGAUGUAAUGAGGGGAGAUGAUUGUUAUGGUCAGUCUACUUUUAUAUUAUGUUAUUUAUUGAUAUACCUGUCAGGUACUUCUCCGCCAUGUUUAUCAAAAUGCGGGCUAUAUAUACAAAGAAAAUAGAGUCCUCCUAUGCAUGCAGACAAAGUAGAAUGUGUGUCUCACUAUCAACAACUGUACAAUGUGUGAACUAGUUCGCAGGGAACACGAUCACAUGUAGGCACCCCAGCCAACAUACAUUUGACACAGGUUCACUUCAUUGGUAGCCUCCUGCAAAGAGAUGAAGAGAGCCCACAGAGACGGAGGUUUUUAUACAAAGAGCCGUGUACUCCCCUACUUAAGAGCACAUCUAAGAACAUACCAAAGAAGAAAUAAACCUGUGGAUCUAUUUCACAUA